AUGGAGUUGAGGCCAUUUGUUGGCUGUGUUCUCUUCAUUUCGCUAAUCUCUCACCACACAACAAGGGCCGAGAACCACACUAAUGACUGUCUGGCCAGGGCAGCGCAAAGCAGUUGUGAGGUGUUCCACAGCUGCUGCCACUUCCGGUGCAGGACGGCCGGCAAGAAGCGGGCGGCGUGCAAUUUGACGCAACCCGGCGGAUAUAUCAAUACACGGGAGGCCGAGUGUUAUUGCUCCUCGAUCCCCCAAGCUCCUCAGCCGCCCGGCGGAUUGAAGCGUUUCUCGAAGCUCGACCUCAUCGCCGGCAUUCUGCUUAUUUUCGUCGUCGAUUUGCUGUUUUUGAGCUUUGUAUUC